AUGGCGAUCCGAGGAGCAACGCGCCAUAGCCAGUGGGCCAUGGAGUCACUGGCGCUCGGCCGCAGCGUGCGCCGCAUGACCAUGUCACUGCCGCGCAAGCAAGCAGCCCCUGCGCCAAAUUCGCCAUAUAUGAUCUUUGAUCGCGAGGCCAAGCGUAUGCAGCGCUCGCGCGCGGCCUUGCGGCGCCCCGUGGAUGAGAGCGGCACGGCCUAUGUGGACGAGCGCCACCGUGGUGAGCAGGAUAUCAAGCGCGCGUUCCCUGUGAUUGUCGAGCUGGGCGCGGGUGCAGGCCAUCUGCGGCACCACUUAGAUGCUAAGAGUGCCGGCCUGGAAAAGCUGAUUAUGUGCGACAUGAGUGAGGCGAUGCUGUACCGCGAUGCCCAUCUAGACGCGCAGUUCCCGUACAAGAUCGAACGCCAAGUUAUCGACGAGGAAUGGCUGCCAUUCGAAGAGAAUUCGCUGGAUUGCGUCAUCGCUCCCGGGAGUCUCCACUGGACGAACGACCUGCCUGGCGCGCUCAUCCAGAUUCAGCGUGUGCUCAAACCGGAUGGCGUGUUCCUUGGGUACAUGCUGGGUGGCGAAACGCUUUUCGAGCUGCGGUACGUGGCUGCCACUUACAGAAGCACGAGUAUGAUGUUGGCUGAGCAGGAGCGAGAGGGCGGUCUGUCCGUGCAUGUUUCGCCCAUGACAGACACCAAGGACGUGUCGUCUCUGCUCACUCGCGCAGGCUUUACGCUGCAGACCGUUGACAUUGACGAGCUCACGGUGAAUUACCCUAGUAUGUUUGAGCUUGUGCAGGAUCUGCGCGACAUGGGCGAGAGCAAUGCAGUGAUCAACCGCCGGCCAUUCUUGCACCGCGAUACACUCAUUGCUGCUGCUGCUACCUACCAGGCCCUGCACGGCUCCGAGGAGCACGUUCCCGCUACUUAUGCCCAAAUUUACAUGGUGCGUCGCCCAACACUGACACAGAUCGGUUGGAAACCCUCGCCCGAUCAGAAGAAGCCAGCGAAGCGGGGCAGUGCGAAGCAGUCGCUCAAAGAUGUCCUGUAG